GGCAGAUCUCCUUUCCCCCCCUCUUCGCACGGCCGUAGGCGACGUCCCCUCUUCCCCCCAUGCAGCAGACGAGGUUGGGCGUUUGCCUUCUCACCCUCAUCUGUGGAGGUCACAUGUGCGGCGUCAGCAAUGCCGUCACAGCAGCAGCAUCAGCAGCUGGAUUCGUCCCCCCAACAGCUCCCCUCAUCCGUUCCAGAGGCGCAUCUCCCCACAGGCAGCCCGCACGGACGGCGACGAGCGCCAUGCCGGAGGCGCUGGGUGCUUUGUCAGGGGUGACCAAUCUGAUGUCAGAGGUGGUGGAGGUGGAGGGCGGCGGCUCGGCCAUCCUGAAUCUGGACCUGCUCGAGACAGGCAUGAUCAACUUGGCUAUCGCGUGGGUGCUCUUCUACAACUUCGUGUGGAAGGCCAUCGUCAACAAUAACAGGAACAUCGAGCGCGAGAAGGUCAAGGAGUUCGCAGAAGACGAGAAGGCCGCUGCCGACGUGGCCAGGGAGAUCUACGCACACAACCAGGGCAUCGACUCGCUCGACGAGAAGAUGCAGCAGCUCAAGACGGCGCUGGCGGCCAAGGGCGGCAAGAUGGUCGAGACGGCGCGUGAGGACUUCACCACCGCCCUGGACAAGUUCACCGCGAGCGAGGAGGCCAACGUCAAGGAGCACGCCAAGCAGAUCGUCACGGCGCGUGAGGACAUCAAAGUGGGCAAGGCGCUUGAGGAGGUGGUCAAGCAGAAGCUGCUGCAGCGGCGGCUGCUCCUCAAGCUGCGGGCCGCGUCGGGCAGCAAGGAGCUGGACCCCUUCAUGGCCUCACUCAACGUGUACGACCCCGGCCUGCCCGACUGGGCCCUGACGAGCAAGUACCUGGGCUUCCACCAGCAGUUCGCCACGCCGCCGGCCACAGACAUUGCCGUCAACGAUGUGGUGCUGAGGGCGCUGGCCAAGAUGCAGGCCAAGAAGGAGGGAAGGGCGGACGACGAGCAGGUGCUGCUCAACAAGGCACUCAGGUCCGUCGUCGCCGCAAACGCUUUCGAGAAAUCACUCGCUGACUAGGGGCUGCAGGGAGGGAGGGAGGACAGGCAGUUUUGGUUUGUGAAGCUAGAUGAGGGAGAGAGCGUCUUGAUGGGAUUUUUGGACGCUCUGAUAGGUGCUGUGUCUGUCUGUCAUUUUCCACCCCCACUCUCCCGCCGUAUCUUGUUUGCCGCGUGUUGUGGCACGGACGACCCCUACGCCACCACCGACGCAUGGAUGCAUUGAUGCACGAGAGCAUUGAUGCACGAAGCCAUGCUUCGAUGGUGGCAUGAGGAGCGCGGGAGGGCCACAACAAGCAGCAAGACAAGGUCGGGGGAGUGCAGUUGUGUACCCGAUGUGAGAUCUUUCAAGUGACAGUGACACACACGUGCAUGUCGUAUGUACACAUACGAACAAUCAAUCGUAUGCUUGGUCCU